UUCGUUGCGGCGCCUCGAUCGUUGAAUUUCCGUCGUUGGCUCUCGGAACAAAUGCCGGGCUUCUUCAUGUGGGAUUAUCACGGCAAAUAGGGAGAGAUGUGCGCUUCUCGUUAGACAUGGAAUGUGGGCUUAUCGCUGCUCGACACUGGAUUAAACUCAUUCUUUUAGUGGCUCUUCUCGCCGAAUGUCGAGUAUUUGCAAGCUGGAUGUACCUGGGCGUGGCCUCGUUGGCUGGGGCCCUGCAUGACAACACCUGUAACGAGGUACCGGGGCUGGUCAUUCAGCAACUGGAGGUGUGUAAAAAUAACCCGGAGUCGCUGUUGUGCGUCAGUGAAGGGGCCCGCCGAGGGAUCAUCGAAUGCCAGGCCCAGUUUAAAUACGAACGUUGGAACUGUACCACGGAUUCUAACCACACUGUGUUUGGACCUGUUUUAAAAAGGGGAACAAAAGAAACAGCGUUUAUAUAUUCUAUACUGUCAGCCGGCGUCGUGCACGCUGUCACGCGGUCGUGCUCGGCGGGAAACCUCACGGACUGUUCGUGUGAUAUGUCUCGGUACGGCGAGGCCGACGUCGAAGGGUGGAAGUGGGGUGGGUGCAGCGACAACGUCAAGUACGGCUUGUGGUUCAGCAAGACGUUUGUGGACGCGCCGGAGACGAUACACCACCAGAGCACGAGGAACAUUCGCAACUUGAUGAAUCUUCAUAAUAACCAAGUGGGAAGAAAGGUUGUUGAAAAACUGAUGCGACUAAAAUGUCGUUGCCAUGGUGUUUCCGGAUCAUGCGCAGUGAAGACGUGUUGGAAAGGACUUCCGAGUUUCCGAGAAGUUGGAAGCUAUCUGAAAACUAAAUACGAAGUCCCAGUAAGACUGGCGCGCAGAUCACGAAAGAGAUUGCGCAGGAAAGAAAAAUCCAAAAGGCGCGUCCCAAUAGGAAGCGAUGAACUAGUGUAUGUGCAUCGGUCCCCUAACUAUUGCCGGGAGGACCCAAAACGCGGAAUUCUGGGGACAAGGGCACGUUUAUGCAAUCGGACCUCUACUGGCGGUGACAGCUGUGACUUGCUGUGUUGUGGGAGGGGCUAUAAUACUCAGGUUGUUAGGUACGUGGAGAGGUGCCAUUGUAAAUUCUUCUGGUGCUGUUACGUCAAAUGCAAAACGUGUGAAACAAUGAUUGAUCUGCACACAUGUAAAUGAACGUCGCUCAACAACGAUUACAAACCUAUCUAUACAGACUAAAACAAAUUGGCUCGGAUUUAAGGGAAAUUUACUUCACUGUGUCCUGCUCUUCUACAGGUAUUCUAAGCAACAGGAAGUGAAACAGACAGAACUGCGCAUGCAUCAGUGGGCCGGAAAUGUGUGCGUUUCUGCUUUUUGUGAUAUUUUCCCAUAUCAUUUAAUUAUUUUGAAUUAACAAGCAUCCUAUUCGUCCUAGUUGGAUAAGCAAAUUGCAAAAGUGUGCGAUUUUUGCAGACCAAACUGAUACAAUUAUGCAAUAGGAACACAUAUGCAAUAUGGCUGCCUCUGACGUUUAGCAGUGCUGGAACUUAACGUUAUAAGUGCGUGUUUCGAGAGAACUGUCUUCACGUCGAAGUAAUUCGUUUACGGCUGUCCUGUUCGUCAUAUUUAGUGUCCAGUUUAUUAGCAUUCAUUCAGUCUGUAGUUUGUAAACAACAUCUGUGAAAAGACGAAGUUGUGAUAGGUUUAGCAAGUGAACAUAACUGUUUAAUAUGUGUAUUAUCUGUACUCUACGUUGACGUAGUUGAUAAUGAUGAUGAUGGCGAUGGUGAUAAUGAUAUUAUCUGUUUAUAGUAGAAGUAACGCAGUAUGUCGCACUGAGAAAUACAACGUACACUUAGUUUAAAAAGUGUGUUGUAGUUUAGAAUUAUUUUAUCAAAUACGCGUCAAUCUGAAAUUCAUUAUCGUUCAUCAUAUGUUGUCUUGAGGAUAGAAGGGUGGGGUGAGGGUGGAGAGGGAAGGAUCGUGUCUUCGUUUGUUUUUGUUUUUUUAAUUUGACCAUCCAUGGAUUAAAAUAGAUUGUUCCCAA